AUGACUGAUUCAAAUAACUUAGAAAGUGAUAAUGAUCCAGUUGAGUUUGAGUUUCCAGUAUUAUUGUCAACAUCGCUGGCCGAUAAAUUAUACAUAUUUCAGUACCCCAUACGACCUGCUAGUAAAGGUUAUGACAACACCACAUUUUUAAAAACUUCAAUAAAACCAGAAAAUCAAGAAUUUCGCAUUGAAGUUGGACUAGAUUGUAAUAGUGCUAAUUAUGAUCAAAGAAAAGGUGAAAAAAUUGCGAUGGAUGCUGAUGGACCAUUCGAUAGAUGUGAGAAUGAUAAAGACAGAUAUUUUCAGGGUGAAUACAUGGAUAAGACAGUACUACAAUCAUCAAGAGCAGUUCCAGAUUGUUCUAAUUAUGCCGUAGGUACUUUUCAAGGAAACGAAUUGCAUAUUACACCUUUAAAGAGUAUCGUUCAAUUAAGACCGCAAUUUAAUUAUCUUGAACAAAAUGAAAAAAAUAAAGAUGAUGAAUCAAAGAAAAACGGAAAUGAGUCUGAUGAAGAGGAAACUAAGGCAAUUAGUGUUACAUUCUCUCGGAAUAGAACUGAUGCAAGUAAAAAACUACAAGAACAAUCAUUUGAAAACCAUUCGAAAAAAAGCUUGGAAGAGCUAUGGAUUGAUACUCAAUACAUGAAUGCAGAAUCUACUCAAGCCCAGCUGACCCGAUUAGAAAUGUUUUGUUCAAUUAAUGAAUUAUACAAAAAUAGCUUAGGAGUUUCUUGUAAAGAUUACCUUCAUAUGUUGGCUCAAUCUACAAAUUCUGAUGAACAUUUGAAUAUUAAUGGGUCCGCCAAUGAAAGAUCUUCUCAUUAUAUGUCCAGCCGACCACUUUUAGAUCAAAUUCGUAAAAUUCUCAAAGAUGCAAAGGUAAUUUCGUUCAAACAAUUAAGAUCAAUGAUAGAUUCAAAACACAAAGAUACGGAUGUUCUAAAAUAUUUACAACAAGUAGCAGUUCUUGUACAAGGUAACUGGGUUGUUCAAAAUGAUCUGGUUUUUCCGAAAGAUAAAACAUCAUCCCAAAAUGGAAUCAAUUCUGAUUUGAUGUGUCGAGCAAGAGAUUACAUUCUGUUAACUUUUACUGAAAAUGAAUUUGUUAAAAGAGAAGAAAUAUCCAAGGUGAUCAAGUUACCUGCUGAAGAAAUUGAGGAAAUACUGACAAAUUUAGCAACCGUUGUACCAGAAGACGGAUGGAAAUUAUUAAUACCGCCAAACACUGAAUUUACAAGUAAACAUUCGGAUAUUGCACAUCGGCAAGCUUUGCAUUGGGAAACAAAGCGUAAACAAUGGAAAGAAUUGCUGGAUGCACUAAAUCAUCAACCUCAACGUCAGAGACAAAGAUCAAUUCGUGAAUCUAUAGGUUCAGAAAAUGAAGAAAGAAAUGUUGGACGUGGAAAAAAAACCGUAAGAGAUUCCUCAAUAUCUGAUGAUGGUGCCGCUGCCGUAGAGCCUGUUAAAACUAAAAAAAAUGUCAAAUCUCGAAAAGUAUCGGAAACAACAUGA